GCGCAACAGCCGGCUGAAGUGUUGGAUAACGCUACAAAGCGGCACAUGUCAAUUGAUUUCAUUUUUUGGCUCGGCGUCUUGGCGUCUUCGUUUCGUUUUCUUUGUAAUAAUUUGCCUGCGGGUUGAAGACUCUCUUUUGAUUUAUAGUGAUUGUCGUGUACGGAAAACAACAGAGCCGGGCCAAAUGGAUGAUAAUAUGGAGAAUGACGAUGGAAAACGCGUGACGCGGGCACGCACUCGCCGCCUGUCCGUGCUGGAUACGGACAGUCGUCCGAGUACUCCUCAGUUGUUGGAAACCGCGGCGGAACGAGGAACCGCCUCGCCACGUGCCACACGCCGCACUCGCUUGAACUCGUCCACUGUGGAUGUGAGGACUCCGACGCGCACCAGACGCGCCUCCCUGGCACGCGGCGAGACUCCCGAGCCGACCACGCCCUCUUCCGUGAAGAGGACCGCUCGCACGCCGGCCAAAAACACCAGAUCCGUUCGCCAACAGCUCACGCUCACGGAGGAGCCCGAAGAGGUGGAGAUUAAGCAGGAGAAGCCCAUCAACAGUCCUAGUCCAGUGCCCAGCAAGGUCGGCGCCAGGCAGGAGCGGAAGCCAAGUGCCAGCCCCGUGCCCAAGGAGGCCAGGCGCACAGCCACGCCCACACAGAGUGACGAGAAACGGGUGACGCGCUCCAUGUCGCAAACGCCUCCAAUUGCGGCACGUUCGCCCAUCCACGCACCGCGUAAUCUGAACUCCUCUCCGGAGGCCGAGCGAAAGACACAGACCGUGGAACCAGCAAAGGAGAAGAUCGUAAAUAAAAAUACCUCCAAGGUGGCCGUCAGACUGGAGAAAAUGUCGUUGGGCAAAGCCACCGGCAAAACGGUGGAGGCGGCUAAACAAUUGAUUCUACCGGACGAAGCGAAGGAGAAGACAUCCUCCCAGGAAUCAGCUGAGGAAGCAAAGAAACCUGAAGCGCAGCCCUCUUCUGGGGCGUCCAACAAAACCGAACUUAGUCAAGAUUCCGCGGAGCCUGCCAAGGAUAUCGGUAAACUCCCGUUCUUAAAGACAUUCAACUCACUUGCACAAGUUAAGGCUUCAAGCACAUCUUUAAGAACUGAAGACAAACAGGAGGACCCUCAAAUUGACAAGAAAAUCAAAACUCCGCUAAAAGUGCCAUCAGUUGGAGAUCCCCAAAUUGAAAAGAAAAACGAAACUCCGCAGAAGAUUCCACAUGCUGAGGCAGUAGAAAAGAAAGUUGAAACUCCGCAGAAGACUCCAACAGUUAAGGCAGCUUCUAAAGUUGAAAAAAAAAUCGAAACUCCACAGAAGAUUCAAACAGUUGAAGCAGAACCUUCCCAGAAGGUUCCUCCUGUUGACGCUCAACCUGUCGAGAUGCCAAAAACUAUAGAAAAAGAUGAAUCAAUGGAGGAGCAAGAGUUCUUGGAUGCAGAAGAUUCGAUUUUCGAGGCUGAGCCGCAGCACGAUGAACGAAUGCUGGAAAAAGAUCUAGCUGAGAUUAUAAAUCUAGACACUGAUGAGCCCGUAUUUUCUCCACAAGCCCCGAGUGCUGAGGAAGAGCCAGAAGCAAACGGAGAAACUUCCCGAGAUAAAACCAUGGAAGAAGAAAAUAUGUUUAAAGCCAAGAUAACCGAGAUUAUUGAGCUACCGAGUCUAACGCCUGGCACUAAAUCUCAUCUAGAUGGUGCCCCUCCACAGGAGCAAAAGAAAUCGGUGGGCUUCAACAACGGUAGUGAUGACUUGGAGGUCGAAAAGACACGUUUUCCAAAGACUCCCGGUCGCGAGAAGGUGCCAGUUGGCCGCACUUUCACACCAAAGGCGGAGACCCCCAUAAAAUUAGCCCUGCAAAAGGGGCGGAAUAGUUCCACGCCCAUAUUAAAGGAUCAACAGCUCGAGUUAUCCAUCAGCAAGGUGGAAAUGCAGCCAGCACCUGCCCAAAUUGAUGCCAUCAAGGCUUUCGAUAAGCUGGAUUCUAAGAAUGCACAGGAUGAGAUAGUCCCGCAGGCCGACAUGUCGCCUCUUAAGGCUGAGAACAAAAUACUUUCUCGCCUCGAAAGCUCCGACGAAGUGGAUGAAAGAGAUGACGAGGAAGAACACGAAGAAGAUGAACCCAUGUGCGAAUUUGUGGACCUCGAGGCUGAAGUAGCUGGCGAAGAUUACAUGUCUGGCGACUCGAUGGAUAGUUCGAUGCGACGGGAGAUGGAGGAAAAUGAAAUUCCAAGUGGUGGCGAGUCCGUUGGAAGUAAGGACACUGAGGAAUCUACGCCAGAAGAAUCUGAAGGCGAUGACUCCUUUAUUGUCUCGGACAACGAGGUCGAAGAGGAAGUGGGCCAACUUUGCUACUCCUCCGAUGAGGAGGAGGAAGACGAAGGUGUUCUUCCUGAAAAAAACGAGAAGAAGCGUCGCCGCAUUGCCGUAGCAAGUUCCAGCGACGAAGAGGAGCACCAAGAUCAGAACAAGGAGAUAAACAAGAGCAAAUCGGAGAUGCCCAAGAACCAGAGCAACUGCUCCUCCAACGCCAGCAAACUGAGCGAGGCUGCCCAACUGAUGAAUGCCAGCGCGGAGAAGUCCUCGAUUUCGGAAGCUGAGCUGGAAAGAUCCCGCCAAGUCGCUCUUAACGAAUUGAACAAGUCCGAGAGAUUCAACAAGACCGAAACUCGUCUGGACUUCAGCGUCAUGGAGGUGGAUUCCUCGGACCACGAGGAAGAGGUGGAGGCAGAGGCGCAGAAGGCUAACGCCAAGAGCAAUAAAAGUGUCUAUGAGAUCGUGGAUUCGGAUGAAGUGGUGGAACUCGAGGAAGCUGAUAAAAAAGAGGAGUCGCAUGCAGAUGAGGAAGCUAAAAAGGAGAAAUCUACUCCUGCCAAAUCCACAUUCCAAAAGCCCUUGAAAUCUGCGGAUGAAGAAGCUCUGCUAGCCGAGCUGGCCUCUAGUGAUCUGCGCCACUUGGAAACCAUGUUCAACCCGCUCCAGAAAUCCCGUCGUCAGUCGUUGUACGUGGCUAGUCCCGAGUUGGCAACCAAGGAGCCGAAACUGAGACGCCGUAGUGAUCGUGCCCAUGUUGGCAGUGACUUUUGCCCCUCGCAAUCCUUUGUUGAAAUGGUAGCCGAGAAAAAAAGGCAGAAGAAUAAGCGCAAACGCCUGUCGAAGAGCUUAUCGGGCGCUGCCGAUCUGGAGGAAAUGGAGAUCCAGCACGAACGCAAGCGCUUAAAAAGUUCACAUGGUGAUUCCACCGAGUCCUUGGAGGCUGAUCCCGAGGCGGAGGUUGCCGCCGAGGAUGAUGCAACUGAGGGGGAGAGCUCGGAAGGAGAUGUUCCCAAUAAAGACGCUACUAAAACUUCACAUUCAAAGGCAACUGUACAGGGAUCUCCCGAAAAAGAAGAUGUUCCUGACCAAACUACCGAAACAGCAGUCGUCCCAGAGGAGUCUUCUCUGGAGGAACCAAAACCUUCUCAAGCGCCGCAUCCACCCGAGGAUUGUCCAAAGUCAGUUAAAACUACUAAGCCUACGGAGAAGGGGCCACCCAAAAUGGAAAAGGAUGCCGAGUAUUACUUGUCAUACUGUCGCAACCUCCUCGAGGCAGCCAACGAGGCUAAGUUAAAGGAGAAAAAACAGCACCUUGCCAUGGGAGUGAAGCAAAAGAAACCAAAGCGACUGGGUUCGCAAGCGGCUCCCAAACCCUUAGCCACCAAUAGCUCUGACACAGAAGCACCGAUUGCGAAACCGUCCAAGCAGCUACCAUCGCUCAAAAAGGAUAUAAAACGACUUCAGGCCGCACGGCAGGCUGUGAGUCAUGCUGUUAAUCUGCUUGCGCCUCCAAAAGCCAUAGACGGAGAGCCUCGCACUCUCUCGCGUAAAUUGUCGCCACAGCCGCCGUUGAUGGACAAUAAGAAGGCCAAGCAAAAGAAGCAAGAGAAGAAGAAAAAGCCGCAGGAAAAAUCGCCCAUAAAAAGUUCUGAUGAGGAGAACCACGGCCAUCGAGUGAAUCGUAUUCGGACGAAUGCUGGCUAUGUAACGGUGGUCAAUGAGCCGCUGCAGAAAAUUCCCAAAAUAGAGCUAAUUAAGACCAGUUCGGGUAUGGUGCGCGUUGAGCCGUGCACUCCCAAGCAGAAAUAUUUCCGCGAGCUGCCAGCCACACCAAAAAUGCAUGGGUUCCGCGAGGAACCAGGACCAUCGGGCAUAGCAAAGAAGCGAUCCAAACAUCAGGCAUUAAAGGCCGAAGACGCUGGCAAACACAAUCCCGCCAAACAGUCGGCGCUGCGCUUCAAGGAGCAGAUCUUUGCCCGAAAGUCUUAGGAUAUUUACACUUAAAGGAAAACUAGUAUUAACGGUGGGAAAUGUCAAGUGUACGCAAUGCAUAAUUUCAUUUUUGUUUCUUUACUUUAUCUUUUCUCAAAUUGAAUUUGAUUACUCUAUUAUUUGUUCUUCUAAAUAUUUGUUAUGAGAUUUUCCACCCCUUGUCAUAAAUGAAACUUUUAUUCCAGUGCACAUCACUAAUUCACAUUUAUCAUUUAUAACAGAAAUAAAUUAAUAAUUGUUGAAUCUUAAAAAAA